GGCUCGGUUAUCUUAUCCAUCGACUCGAUAAGCGCCAAGAUGAUGCAGCCCGGAGGACUCGGAGAUGCUCAACAUGUCACAGUCGACAUUCAGAAAAUCUGCGACACUAUGAAAUCCAAGGCCGAGCAAAGAACCUGCAAGAAAUACGGCGUCUUUGUUGCCAAGCUUUACAAAGUACAGGUAGUUGCUGGGACCAACUACUUCAUUAAGGUGCACGUGGGAGGAGACGACUACGUCCACAUUUGCGUCCUACAAACUCUGCCACGUCAAGGGCAAGGGCCGGAGUUUGUCAGCAUCAAGGAGCACAUGAAAAAAGACGACGAAAUCUUGCCCUUCUGAACGACACUAGCUUAGAGAAACCUCACCCGUCCAUCAACAACAGUUUUACAAAAAUGACCAUUUUAACAUGAGCUGCACUAAUAAAAACUGAUCAUCUAAUGAUGUGUACUGCAUGUUACAUAAGCGUUAAAUAUAUGCAAGGGCGUAGGUUUGCAUAGGGACGGUAGGCACAUAACACUAUAACUUUUCAGGAUUCUCAAAUUGUCCCCGCCAACUUUUAAGCAACCUUAUUUACAUUAAAUAAAGAGUUCAGUUACAUUGAUAAUUUGGAUGGUCUCUCCAUAUGUUGUAAUAUAAUAGACCCUCCUAUUAUUAAGUGAAUUAUUUUCAUUAUGUUCGGACUUACAUUUAUCCCUUUUCACUUGCUGAAUGUGCCGAUCCAUCCCGCCCCCCCCGCAAAUGAACGUUUGGUUGGCUGCGAACAUUUGGUUUGUUGAUGACUCAAAGCCCCCCAGCCCAUCACAAAGACAAGCAUACUCACACAGGCCCAACAGAUUCAUGUCGACAACAUGCCGUCUCCUCUGCCCACUUUGGAGAGGAGGGAUAUUAGUUUGUUUUUUGUUUUUUUUUCCGGCCAGCAGCAGCCACUGUAAAUCAUGUAAAAAGACGUCAAUGUUGUGGAAGUAGGGGAAACACCACUAAUUUUGCUACUGAAAGUCUGACCUGCAUCAGAGUUAGCUUAACAUUAAACUUGCUAACCUACAAAACUACUGCUGUCAGGCCAGCAUCCACAAGGAACAACGAAGUCAAGCGAGCCGUCCCUUAUUUGGAUCAUUGUUUGCGUUACGGUAAUAUUGUCCCUACCAAUGUUGAGACCAAACCUACACCCUAGCUAUGUUAUACAUGUACAUGAUAUAAUCUGUCUUAAUUCAACAGUAUUUAAAUAUGUGGAACAAGGGCGUAGGUUUGUAUAGGGACGGUAGGGACAUAACACUAGCAACUUUUCAGGAUGCUGAAAUUGUCCCCACCAACUUUUAAGCAACCAUAUUUGCAUUAUAUGACUUCAGUUAGAAGGUAAUUUAGAUUGUCUUCCCAUAUGUUGUAAGGAUAGAAUAUACCAUUAUUAAUUCCCUGACUAAGAAGUUUUUUUUUUCAUAUUUAAGUUAUUUAGACAGACCAUUUUGAGUGGUCCUAUGGCAAAUGUUUUUUUUUUUUUUUUUUGCAUUCCUGGAUAGUUAAGAGAUGAUUCAUAAUUUUGUAUUUCUUGUGUAUAUAAUUUGUGUUGAAAUAUUCCAAUUUAAAUUUGCUAAUAAAAUCCAGACAUUUAUUCUAGAUGUUUUCAAAAUGUGUCUUUAGUAGUUUUUGAAAACAAAGGUUUAAAUUGAACGGUGUAUCACCUGAACCAAUGCAUAUGCACUGCAAAAACCCACCUCCUUAAAAUUGGAAGAAAAAAAAACCCUAAAUUCCCUUGUUUUUAGUGUAAAUCUACUACCAAAAAAAGUGAAA